GUUGACGAGACCUCUGAAAAGAUGCAUCUCUGUAUCAUCCUCUGUGGGAUAUUUCAUCUGUCAGCUGUGAUCCAGUCAGCUACAGUCAAGCAGGAGACUGGGGUGAGAUUUGCUGCUGUUGGGGACAACGUGACUUUGCGUUGCUUUUAUGAAAGCCAAGUGGCGAUGCACUUCUCCUGGUACCGACAAUUCUUAGGAAGCCAACCUAAGCGCCUCUCUACAAUUUACAAAUAUGAUAAGCCAUCUGAAGUCCUCCACACAUUGGAGAAGAACCCUCGUUUCUCUGUGGAAAGAAAGGAAGGGACCAAUCAUCUACAAAUCUCUGGUGUCCGCCUCUCAGAUUCAGCUACAUACUACUGCGGGAGCUCACACUCCAACAUGGUGGAAUUUGGAGAAGGGAUCUUUCUGAGUGUUCGAGGUAUUUUGCUUCUAUUUUUCAUGAACACCUUUUAUUCCAUGUUCCUUUAGCGUUCCCGUGCUUAGACUCUAGGGCCGAUGGGCCAGAUCCCCCCCAGUCACUCCCUCCAGCUCUUCCAAGGGGACACUGGGGCCUUCACAAACCAGACAAAAGAUUUACUCUUUCCAUUGAGUCGUUGGUCUACCUUGUCUGAAUGACCUCAACUGGCUUAUUUUCUUUUUUUUAAAUCCUUAC